UAUCCAAGCGUAAAAAAACGCUAGGAAGCUAUGCUGUUCGAUGUGGAAGUAAUGGCGAUCAUCAAUUUCGUUGUCUUUGUGGUGAAAAUAUUUUAAAAGUUUGACAAACCUGUGGUUUGAAAUUUUUCCGAUUUGCUAAUUCUGCUGAUCUGAAUCCGAAGUGUCAGUGAAUGUCUAAAAGAGUGAUAGCUUAACCCCAUUGAUUGACAUUUAUUUGAAGUUGAAAUUUGAAGUUGAUGUUUGAAGCUAAAACAAAUUUCGUAUUUGAAAAGAAAAACACAAUAUUUGUUUACCAUUUCUGCCCUUUUUCCAAUUUUUCAUACUUCUAAGAGUUCACAUUCUAAUCAUAUUUGCAAUCUGUUUAUCCAUACAAGGUUGAUAAAAUGACUCAAAAACCACAGUUCCACUACCUAGAGCACCAGUUUCAGUCUAUGAGCAGUGCUGAAGAAGAAAAUGAAACUGGUUCAGAAGAUGAGCAACAAAUUAUUUACAAUUAUGAAACUACAUAUGAACCGGUAACAGUAAAAAGACGAGGUCACUUACCUAAAGAAUCUGUUAAAUUGCUGAAAAGUUGGUUGUAUGAACAUAGAUUUAAUGCUUAUCCUACGGAAGCAGAAAAACAAAUCUUGUCUCAUGAAACAAAUCUAACAGUUCUGCAAAUCAGCAAUUGGUUCAUCAAUGCGAGAAGGAGAUAUUUACCUGAAAUGAUGAGAAGAGAAGGAUAUGAUUCUGUUCAUUAUACAAUAACAAGAAGGAGGAGAAUCAGAACAAGAGUGAAAAGCAAUGGUGAGCCUUAUUCUCCGAAAAGUAAAAGACAAAGAAUUGAUGGGAUGAGUGACGAAAGCCAGUCUGAAUAUGAAGAAACUAUGAUGCCAAACGGGUAUGUUGAAGAAGUGGAUGAAAAUGGAAUUGUUACUCAAGUGUCAACGCAAAAAUUCAAUCCAUGGCAGGCAGAUAUACAUUAUGGACUCACAUUAAAUCCUGCUGAAAGAGGAAUCGAGGAGGCAACUGUUGAAGAAAUAACACCAGAACAGGCUCCACGAACUUCAAAUCUUGCCACAAACUUAGUCAUGGUAAAAACACCAUCUGGAAAAAAUGUUAUCCUCCAAGUUGUCCCACAGUUAGCCAAGAUUGAGACAUCGAAUCCCAACAAAACUUUCAUUCUGAAAACUGCUAAAAUUGUUAAACAAAUAAAGCCUUCAAUAAUUCCUGUUCCUGUAGUGAAAUCGGAACCUUCCGAUAUUAUUGUUGAGGAGCACCAUUUGAGUCAUUUUGAGGACAAUGUAGAACUGCUUGAUGAACAGAGCGAAGUAAUCGAUAAUUCAGAUGUUUUCGAAGAUCCUGAUGUUGAGGAAGACGAACUUCUUGGAGAAUCGUUCUUCCAGAAUGGCAUAAAAUAUGAAGAACAGGAGUUCGUAGACGAAGUGACCCUAGAGAAUAACGUGAAUGAAGUAACCAUUGAAGAACAGGAAAUUCCGGUGCAAGAGCAUGUUGAAGAAAUUGUAAUCGGUGAUGACAUAGAGGAAUGUGAGUUCGACGGUUCUGACUAGAAUUUUUUUCUAUAAAAAAUUGUUCUGGGUUUGAUCACCAACAAGAGUUUUACUCCAAUAUUAUAUCCAAAGAUGUGUAAGGGAAGAAUUGAAAAUUAUCAUUAGUUAACGGGACAAUCUUGCCCUAUAAAGAAUCGCAACAUAAUUCCUUCAAAUAUUUUUGGUAAAAUUGUUGGUAGAUUUUUAAAUUACUGAUAAGAGUUCUGUGAUUCCACCUGAGAAGGUUUUAUUUAUUCCUUAUAGUGUUAUAUUGAAAUGGUUUGGAAACUAUUUUCCCACUUUUACAACAUUUUCGUUGACUUUCAUUUUCUCAAAAUGAAUGGUUUGAUCAAAUUCAGCAACACUGUGCGUAACAAAAAGUUUAUGUGUAUACUUAAUAUGUCCCGAGCGGAUUUGGUGUGGAUCUUCAUAUUGUGAACUAUGGACAAAAGGAAGAUUAAAAAAAAAGGUGUAAAUUAAGUUUUAAUCUACGUUAAGUGCAUUUAAAUGGAGUUCAAUUCGACAAACGAUUUGGUAUGAAGCUUUAUUUCUCCAAUAAUUUUAUUAAUACAAAUAAAAAUUUUUGGAAUAAUCGUAUGGCCGAAAGUGUUUUUUUGCUACUAUACAUUGACAAGCUGGCACUUUUUUUUUUAAGUGUUCUUCUUAAUCUUGUGAUUGUAAAAGGGAUUUUACUGUAGGCAGUUGGAAGAAAAUUGGAUUUGUUAAAAUUUUAUGCCUAUUUCAUAGUCAAUAUUGAAUUUUUUGUUUUCUAUGGUGAAAACUUACAAAUGAAUACAUUAUUAUGCUUGCAUUAUCUCUUUGGAUUAGUAAGUCAUCAUUUAUCUAGAUAGAUAUCUAUUCAUGUAUAUAUUAUCAUAAAAUGCGGUUAGGAAAAUAUUUUUAAUAUUCACUUUCCACAUGGGAUUUAUACCAACAUUUCAAUAAUUUUAUUAAUAUUACCACGAUAAGAACUUUGUAGAUUAGUGCUCUCUUUAUUUAUUGUCAAUACUAACAAAUUGGGGAAUGUCAACAUGAAAUUUUUUGUUUUGUUGAACAUCCAGCAUCUCAGAAAUUGUUUCAUAUUAGUAUAAAUGAGAGGUCAUAUAAUAAUUAUUGAAGUAAAAUGUGCCCAUUCAUGAUAAUAUAUGACAAUGAAGAAAAUUUAAACCGUUUUGCAUUUGGCAAUAAGUAGAAAUUUAUAGAUAAAAUUCGUAAAGCAUUUCAUAUCAAUGAUUUUUUGGAACUAUGUAUCAUGACUAUUAACUUAUUUAAAAAAAGAAGGUAAGAUGACGAAGAAGAAAUGUCUUGCAUGAAGUUAUUAAGUUAUUAUUUGAAAAUAAAUGUUUUGUUGAAGACCUCAUACAAUUUUCUAAUUUUCACCCAUGGUAUUCAUUUUCUCCCGGAAUAUUAUACAGGUACCAAAAUUUGUCUAUACAUGAUUAGAAUUAUUCCACUACAGGGAAACCGGAACCGUUAGAAAGACAGGGUAGUUCUAACCCUGUAUAGAAAUUUCCUCAAGACUAAUAAGAUAAAUUAAAUAAUAAUAAGAUAAAUUAAAUAUGAUUUUCUUAUAAACAAUGAAAGUUAUGGGGUAUAAAAAAAAAUUGCAAUAUCAAAUAUUUGCAUCAAGGUGAUGUUUAGCGUUCACCUACAAUUUUAAUGGAUUGAAAAUAUCAUCUAUAUAACUUUCAAUAAUUAUCGUUUAUUUGAAUUGUGUUGAAAAUAUAUCUCCUCAUUGAAUACUUCCUGCUGAAUCAUUGAGGAAAAUUAAAAUAAGGAAAAAUUAUUUGGAUUCGAUACAACUUUGAUUCAGCCAAAAUUAAUUAUUGGAAGCUUCAACACUGUAUUUUAGGACUGCGAAACCCCUGGGUUUAGCUUAUUUCACACGAUAAUUGUAGUAAACGCAAAAUUUAGAGAUUCUUAGAACGUUGAGCGGGCAAAAAUAAGUUUGUAUAUAUUUACUAUUAUUUGGGUUUUACACACAUAUCUUGAAAUGUUUAAACUAUUCAUUAGCUAGGUACAAAAAAAUGUAUCCCCAUAUGCAUAUUUUAUAAUCUAAUGAAUAAUUAUGACAUUAUUUUAAAACUUGGGAAUAGUUCAUUUGUUUAAAUAUUUUCGUUCUGACUUUGUUAUUUGAAUAAUGUUAUUUAGUUAGUUUUAGGCUGUAAGUAUCAGCAUAAAAUCUCCAUAUAUAUAUUGGAUUUAAAUUAUUGUUAUAAUUUUAAUUUGUAUAUUUUACGUAUGUAUAAAAAGUGCAUAAGUACUCAUACCUGAGAAUGAUAUCGGUGGUAAUGUGGGUGGAAUAAGGAUUGACCUAAUUUGUAUAUUGUACAGUCUUUCUAUUUGAAACACAUUCUGAUUAUUUGAUUAUAAAUCUUUAGCUUUUAUAGAAUCCACAGCAAUGGCGGUGGUUAAAUGAAUGGAAGUACAUGGACUGUAUAUUUUCUUAAAAAAUUUAUUUAAUGUUCUACAUAGUUUUUGAUGUGAUCCAUGUACACUUCUAUAAUAACAAUAAUAAAAAUAUACUUCAGAAACAA